GGUGGCUUGAUUUCUUAUUAUUAGGUGCAGAUGGAAGAAAGGUUUUCAAAAGGAAAGAAAGCGAUGCAGGCGAGGCAGUGUUUUGGAAUAAGGAAUUUCUCUUGGUCGUGAGGAUUUAAGUUUUGUGGUUCAAGAAAACAAUGAAUGUUUCACUUCCCCUAAUUGGUCUUAAAGGUAGAGCACUGGAAGAACUCAGGAGUUCCCUCUACAAUGAGCUUAGAACUUCGGAAGGAGCAAAGCGGCAACAGCAACGAUUUUGCGGACCGGUGGCGGCUAUGUCCUUCAAUUUCUUUGUUUCUGUUGGGAUUAUACUGACAAACAAAUUUGUGAUGGGGAGAGUUGGAUUCAAUUUCCCCAUUUUCCUAACUUUUAUACACUACUCCAUAGCGUGGAUCUUUCUAGCGUUUUUCAAGACGAUGUCGUUGCUUCCUGUUUCGCCUCCAUCGAAAACGACUCCUUUCUCCUCCCUGUUCUCUUUGGGAGCUAUAAUGGCUUUUGCCUCUGGCCUUGCCAAUACCAGCCUGAAGUUUAACAGUGUUGGUUUCUACCAAAUGGCGAAAAUCGCAGUCACUCCGACCAUUGUUCUCGCGGAUUUCAUUCUCUCCGGGAAAUCCAUUUCGUUCAAAAAGGUUUUGGCCCUAGCAGUUGUCUCGGCAGGUGUAGCGGUAGCCACCGUAACAGAUUUAGAGUUCAAUGCUUUCGGUUCUUGUAUAGCCAUAGCAUGGAUAAUCCCCAGUGCCAUAAACAAAAUUCUCUGGUCUAACUUACAACAACAAGCCAACUGGACAGCCCUGGCGUUAAUGUGGAAGACAACCCCAAUCACAGUACUAUUUUUACUAGCCUUGAUGCCAUGGUUGGAUCCACCAGGAGUGUUUUCAUUCAAAUGGGAUGUAAACAACUCAAUAGCGGUUCUCAUGUCGGCUUUACUCGGGUUCCUCUUACAAUGGUCCGGUGCUCUGGCUCUAGGAGCAACAUCUGCAACCUCUCAUGUGGUGCUGGGGCAAUUCAAGACAUGUGUGAUUCUUGUGGGGGGAUAUCUACUUUUCGAUUCAGACCCGGGGCUCGUUAGCCUGUGUGGAGCUAUUGCUGCUUUGUGUGGAAUGUCGGUUUAUACAUCACUCAACUUGAAAGACUUAAAUCAAAGUUCAAGCAAGCAGCUCCCAAUGCAAACUUCAAUGAAGUCCAAAACCAGUGAAAAUGCCAGUGAAGGCUCAAAAGUUUCAAAUACUACUGGUGCUGUGCUAUCAACACUGGAAAGAGCAGGCGGUGAGCCGGUGACUGGUAAAGUCCUGCAAUGGCACCAUGAGAAGCCUGUCCGGUCUUGUUCGUCCUCAUAUUAA